UGGUGGUUCCGUUGAUCUAGGAAAUGACGAUAUUUGGUCGUCUCCCUGACGUAUACUUUCCCCUUCGGCGAGUCACGCUGACGAUGAACUUUUAACACGGACUAUUGCGGAAUAAUAGAUAUACCAUGGCACCCAUGGAGUCAACCAUGGCUUUGCAACAGUGUUAUCGGAAAACAUGGUGUUGUUUGACAUUCGCAUUGGCGUGCAGAGCUAUGGUGUCAAGCUGUCUUGAUGCUUUGGAUGUAGAUCUCCUGGGGUCAAUUAGUCCUCGAUCAUCCAUUAAUUGUCUAUCUCCAAAGAUCAGCCUCUCGGUCUCUGCCCAUAAGUCUUCUCACAUGGUAUCAUUGAUAUCACACACGACAUGAUAUAGAGUAUUAUGUAGAUAGGAGUCUCCGAGAGUCCAGGCCACCGCUAACCGAGACGCCAAUAAGCGGGGUCUUGGCGCCACCUCGCCCGAUCGAUUCCUGA